CCUCAGGGUCUCUCAGUCCAUAGGGUCUCCCAGUCCAGUCCUCAGGGUCUCUCAGUCCAUAGGGUUUCCCAGUCCAGUCCUCAGGGUCUCUCAGUCCACAGGGUCUCCCAGUCCAGUCCUCAGGGUCUCAGGUAUCAGGGUCUCCCAGUCCACUCCUCAGGGUCUUUAGUCCUCAGGGUCUCCCAGUACUCAGGGUCUCUAGUCUUUGGGGUUUCCCAGUCCUCGGGUCUCCCAGUCCAGUCCUCAGGGUCUCCCAGUCCUUGGGGUCUCCCAGUCCAGUCCUCAGGGUCUCAGGGGUCUCCCACUCCAGUCCUCAAGGUGUCUAGUCCUCAGGGUCUCUCAGUCCACAGGGUCUCCAGGUCCAGUCCUCAGGGUCUCAGGGGUCUCCCAGUCCAGUCCUCAGGGUCUCUAGUCCUCAGGGGUCUCCCAGUCCAAUCCUCAGGGUCUCCUCUCCGGCUGUUAUUUAUGAUUUUGGUGAUCUGCUGUAAAGAAUCCAUAUCUCUGACCUGCAUUAUCCAGUGUACUGACCUAUAUUUUAUUUUUUGUCCCUCCCCUUCCUCCCCAUUGGUUGAUUUGCAUUGCCUCCCCCUCCAUGCUCCUCCCUCAUUGGAUCACUCCCUCAUUAACUCUUCAUCAUGGGGGGACUCCUCCUCCUCCUCCUCCUCCUCUGGACUCUCUUCCUGUCUCACGCUGCUUGUUGCUCUUCUCUCCCUCUAAAGAUGGUUACGCCCCAAAGUCUGUUUACCCUCUUCGGAGUGUAUGGUGAUGUGCAGAGGGUGAAGAUCCUCUACAACAAGAAGGACAGCGCUCUGAUCCAGAUGUCCGAUGGGAACCAGGCGCAGCUCGCCAUGAGCCACCUGAACGGGCAGAAGAUGAACGGGAAGAUCAUCCGCGUGACGCUCUCUAAGCACCAGACGGUGGCGCUGCCUCGCGACGGGCUGGACGACCAGGGCCUCACCAAGGACUUCAACAACUCCCCCCUGCACCGCUUCAAGAAGCCCGGGUCCAAGAACUUCCAGAACAUCUUCCCCCCCUCUGCCACGCUGCACCUCUCCAACGUGCCCCAGGACGUGACGGAGGAGGACCUGCGGCUCCUCUUCUCCAACGCCGGAGGAACCGUCAAGGCUUUCAAGUUUUUCCAGGACCGUAAGAUGGCUCUGAUCCAGAUGACCACGGUGGAGGAGGCCAUCCAGGCUCUGAUCGACCUUCACAACUACAACAUGGGGGGCAGCCAGCACCUCAGGGUGUCCUUCUCCAAGUCCACCAUCUAACCCUCUACCGACCAUUCCUCCAGAGACUGAUGGACGCUCUGUAGUUUGAUGUUUCUCUGUUAAAGAUACUCCUGUGCCUUAUGGAUGUCUCCCUGUUUCUACUCCUCAGCCCCCCUAUGCUUUCAGGCACAUCGGUAUUGGGUUUUUUGUUUAGAUCCAUCACUCUUCUUCUUUAGUUUCUGAGCAGGGGAAUAUUCCUGACUCUUAUUCCACCUGUCCGUCAGUAUCCGUGUUUCCGAAGGCUUUCCAUAGCGGUGUGUGUGUGUGUGUGUGUGUGUGGCGUUGGCAUGCAGGUGACAGGAAGUGAUGCAUGAAGACUAUCUCCUGUGGCUUCUAAGUACUGGGAGAGCUCCUCUGUGGACCAAAGUCUCUGUGCCUUUAGUGUUCCCCCCCAGAGACCCGGUGGAAAGACCCUCGAAGGAGAGACUCCUCCCACUGGAAAGACCCCCAAAGGAGAGACUCCUCCCACUGGAAAGACCCCCAAAGGAGAGACUCCUCCCACUGGAAAGACCCCCAAAAGAGCGAUUCCUCCCACUGGAAGAUCCCCAAAAGGAGAGACCCCCAAAGGAAAGACCCCCAAAGGAGAGACUCCUCCCACUGGAAAGACCCCCAAAGGAGAGACUCCUCCCAAAGGAGAGACCCCAGGACCCCCGUGUGUUGAUGAAGUGUUUCUGUUUUCUACCGCUGAGAUUAAAGGAGAGUUCUUUUCUAACGGGACGUCUGCUUCCUGCUUCCAGCUCCUCUGUAUCUGUAGCAUGCUUAAUAAAAUAUUCUGUAGCUCUCA